CGGACAGCUGUGCCCUGCGCUGACACCUGCGGCCACCACGGAUCUGCUCCCUGCCGAGGCACUGCGUGUCCUGCAGCCUCUCUGAGGACCCAGCCCACCUGCCGGCCUCACAUGGAGCAGAGACAGCCCAACGUGGACAACUGCACUGAGAGUGAUCCACAGGGUAGAGUUGUGCUGAUUCAGCUGGUUGUCUACAUCCCAGUGCUCGCUCUGGGGAUCCCACUGAACGCAGUUGCCUUCUGGGUCUUCUGCUGCAAACUCAAGAGGUGGACUGAGACCAAGGUGUACAUGAUCAACCUCAUCGUGGCAGACAGCUUCCUGCUCUUCACCCUGCCUUUCCUGCUCUAUUUUACCAAGUACAAACAUCCCAUAGACCAGCUGUGUUUAGCCAUACAAAACAUCUAUUUUACAAACAUGCCUAUGAGCAUCUAUAUCAUCACCGUGAUUGCGAUUGAUCGAUACAUUGCCAUCAAGUUCCCUCUGAAAGCAAAGAUUCUUCGAUCCCCGCUGAAAUCAGCUUCUAUCUGUGGCUUUCUUUGGAUAACAAUGAUAAUGUAUUCCAACUUGUAUCCCAUACUUCAGAGUAACUGGGAUGGCUGUUGUUUUCGGAGACAAUCUGUUCAACCUAGGUAUUUCUCUUUAUUCUACAGUAUCGGUGGGUAUUUUAUUCCCUUGGGGAUUGUGAUUUUUUGCUCAGUACAAGUCAUCAGUUGUCUAAAAAGGAAGAUGGCCACAAGCCCUCAUGAGACAAAACUAUUCCAGAAGGCCGUGCACAUUGUUUCUGUGAAUCUGUGUGUGUUUGCUGUCUGUUUCUCACCUUUCCACAUCUCACUGCUCUUGCGGUAUGCAGUGGAAGUUGCUGGAGCUCAUUCUCUGUUGCCGGGAGUUACAAACUAUAUUAAGAUCUCUGCCUGCUUAGCAAAUUGUAACUGCUGUCUGGAUGCAUUUUGCUAUUAUUUUGCAGCCAAGGAAUUUCCAGAGUUUUCUUCUAUGUUCCCCAAGUGUAUAUUUAUGAGGUCCAAGAUGAACCAAAGCGAGGAGUCACAGCCAUCCUCAGAUUAAGUGGUGGCAUAAACAAGGUGUAGUGCAUGGCAGGUGUUGAGUGCCACAAUGCUGCUCAGUUUUGAGGCACAGGGAAUGGAACCACCUACAGUGUUUGCAAUCAUUGUAGGUAUAGGCAUAUGUACAAAAAGGGCCAAACCCCUCCAAAGGGUGUGAUGAUAACUUGAAUUGCGUCCUGCUGUCCUCAGUGACUUGACUCCAGCUCUGACUACUGUCUUGUAUGGUUGCAUCGCAGCUCCAGGUGCCUUCUGGUGACAGCUUGUCUUGCUUGGCUUCAUGGCCCUUCACUUCCAGUGUCUUCUGACUCGUAAGCCUCUAAAAAAUUUCCUCCUGGGACUGCAAGCUCAUAUUCUGCACAUGUAAACUGAGAGGCAAUUAACUUCCUUAGUGACAACUGCCAUAGAGUUCUCCAUUAAAUCUGUCACUGUGCAGUGACACGCAUCCAGACCACAGUCUGAAACCACUGACUAGACCUUGAGCAAAGAAACACUCAAAGGACUGUUCCCAGCACGGAAAGUGUCCCAUCUCCAAACAUUAGAUCCACAUGCUUUGUGUCAAUUCUUUGGCAGGCAACACGGUGGAAGCUGCAGUGAGCAACUGGGCCAUAAAAACAAAUGAAACUACUCAGAUCCUUCAGCUGGUAAUUCCUGUCCCAGUUUUGCUCACUGGGGUAUUUUCUAGCACUCUGGCAUUGCUGGUAUUUUACUGCAAGCAGAGCAAGUAGCCUGUGUGUGUAUGUGAGCCGUUUAACCACUGCACACUGUUGAGCCCUCAUUCUGCCUUCUAAAUUCUCUUUUCAAAGACAGGAAAAGAUAUGGGAGACAAAUAGUGCCCGAUCUUAACAACCAUCUAUUGCUUAAGGAGGCAUGUGAGUGUUGUCACCCCUGUACCAUCAACAAAUAUGCUGCAAUUGACUACCCUCAGAAAGCAAGAGGCUUCUUGACAGACAUCUCUUACAAUCCAGGCAAGUGGUGUUCAGCGAGGAAAAACUCUUCUACUUCAGGAACAGCACAGAGGGCCUUAAAAAACAGUUUUGAACCUAGGAUUCCCUUCUGAGACAUUGCAUCUCAUUGCUUAUAAUGAAAGCCUGUUCCAAAAAGAUUAUUAUUAUUUUUAUUAUUUUGAAAAAAGCGAUGAGGAUUCAUAUCAACCUGUUAACCUACUGGUAACAACUCGCUUGUUUUCGCAGAUUCAGUCAUGCUCAUGUUUUCUCCCAGUUAACAUGGAGAACUUGUUCAAUUUCCAAGGGGCUCCAAAUAGGUCAUCUACUCUGAAAUACAGAACAGCUAUGCUUUUACACAUGUGGCUUCACAUACAGGCCUCAUAAGAGUUCCUUUUUCUCAUUGUAAAGAGGAAAUUAGCUGACUUCACAAUCCCUGUCAUCAUUAAGGGGUUUUUUGCUGUUUCCAGUGAAUGCUAUGAAAACAAAAAAAAAUCCAUACUUUUGCAAGUAAAAAUGAAGGUGUGUCAUAGUAACAUAUCUAUAAAUAAAUAUUCAUUUAUUACCAUUAUACAUCAGAGUCCUCUACUCUUAAUGCUAAACCUAUACUGGAGACUGGGAGAAAAGACUUUGCUACUGAGAUAUAAGAUGUGCCUUACAGCAGGGUGUUUAACAGUGAAACCAAAAGAUGAGCAAGGAACUUUCUGAUUAUCUGAAGAUAUAUGUUCUACCUUGGAGAAAAAUUAUUAUCUGGUUUAUAUGUCAACUUUAGGAUGGGUUUCUUGCAUCCUUCUUCAGUGAGCAAAGCCUCAGCUCCCUGAGUGCUCCCAGGAAAUGGAACACAUGAGUUAUCAGACCCUGGGCCACAACAAGCUACUGGCCACCAUCCAGCACUGCAAUCACAAUCCAGGAGGUUGGCGACACGCUUACCCCCAAAUCCUUUCCAUUUCCUAGCACAAGAGCCUGGGAAAUGGUAGUGGGCACCAACCUCAGCUGCCAAAGUCCAUCAGCUGCCCUGAACAGCAAGGCUGAACCAAUGCAUUUUACCAACAUUUCUGCAAGAUAUAACUUUCCUGUGCCUUUAAAGAAAAGAAUGCUAAUUAUGGUUUCUACUUCAGGCUUGAGAGAAAAACAAACAAACAAAAAACCAAAACACGACCCACAAGGAAAAGCCUACAAAGCAAUUCAGAAUCUUGCUUUCAUGUGAGUGAAUUAGUGAGUAAGUGAGCAGCAGAUAUAGCAUUUUCAGCCCUCCUAUGCAUGGAAGGCAGGGGCUGGUGUAAAACAGGAUUUUACUGUUGGGUGGCAUUUGGGCAGACCUUAAACAUGAGUUCCUACCAGAGGUUUGAGCUCCAGGGGCCUGAGGGACACACUGGGGAGCUGUGGGAUGGGUACAGCUUUCAGGUGUUGGAGGCAUCUUUGAUUUGUUUCCUUGGCACAGCACAGCUGUUCCAGAGGUGGGCACUGCCCAGCAGCUCCACAAGCACUGAAGCAGCAUCAGGGAGUUGGGAAGCACGGGAUGUUCCAUGCCCUGCCCAGUGUGUGCACACAGAUACUCAGCUGCUCCCUGGUGCUGCUGAUGCCUUAGGACUUUAGCUUUUAGGUUUUUCAUAUAUUAAUAAUCCUGCAAUUGUUUAGUGCAUAACUCUAAACUCCACACGCAGUGUGAACUGCUCCUUCCCCAUUUUGGUCAGACACAACAAUUCCUCUG